ACUCCAGUACACUCGCUGUGCUCGGCAGUCGCCCGUCGUUCGUCGAGCGUAGCGUACAUCUGUCACGUCACCGCGCGCGUCUUACCAGCCAUGUGGUGAAGUGAAACUGUCAAACGUGAUACACUUUCGCAUACCGGUGUUAAACGGUAUUAGUGGACUAUUGCACUUUUUAUACAUUUGACUUGUGAUUGUUUGUGUUAACAAAGUGGUGCAACAAUUUUGGAAAAUUGGAUUAUACGAACGUAUAAUGGCCUUAGCCAGGUAUAAUCAGCAAACCGCGCGCGCCUCUUCGUUGAAGCUCGGGUCGGGCAGCGAGUGCGGCGGUGGAGGGUCGGGCGGCGGCGCGCCCGCUCCUCAGUCGGCGCGCGUCUCCUCCAACGGCGCCGGCGGGAUGGCGGUGAGCCGCGUGCCCAGCCCGCUGCACGACGGCAACACGCCCGUCGCGGAGAACUGGUGCUUCACACAGGUCAAAGUGGUUAAGUUCAGUUACAUGUGGACAAUAAACAAUUUUAGUUUUUGUAGAGAAGAAAUGGGUGAAGUGUUAAAAUCAUCGACUUUUUCCGCUGGUGCUAGUGACAAGUUAAAGUGGUGUCUCCGCGUUAAUCCUAAAGGACUCGAUGAAGAGAGCAAAGACUAUUUAUCAUUAUACCUAUUAUUAGUGUCGUGUAAUAAAUCAGAAGUGCGGGCAAAAUUCAAGUUUUCAAUAUUAAAUGCAAAGCGAGAAGAAACAAAAGCAAUGGAGUCACAGCGCGCCUACAGAUUUGUUCAAGGCAAGGAUUGGGGAUUCAAAAAAUUCAUUAGAAGAGACUUCUUACUCGAUGAAGCGAAUGGCCUUCUACCUGAAGAUAAGCUGACGAUAUUCUGCGAAGUGUCAGUCGUAGCGGACAGUAUCAACAUUAGUGGUCAGAGCAACGUAGUACAGUUCAAAGUGCCCGAGUGUCGGUUAUCCGACGACUUAGGGGCGCUCUUCGACAAUGAAAGGUUUUCGGACGUCACGUUAGCAGUCGGCGGAAGGGAAUUCCAAGCGCAUAAAGCCAUUUUAGCAGCACGGAGUCCAGUAUUCGCAGCAAUGUUUGAACAUGAAAUGGAAGAGAGGAAACGGAAUCGAGUAGACAUCACCGACGUGGACCACGAAGUGCUGCGGGAGAUGUUACGUUUUAUUUACACUGGACGUGCGCCCAACCUAGACAAGAUGGCCGACGACUUAUUAGCAGCCGCUGAUAAGUAUGCAUUGGAGCGGUUAAAAGUAAUGUGCGAAGAGGCGCUUUGUUUGAGCCUGUCGGUGGAGACGGCGGCGGACACACUCAUACUGGCGGACCUACACUCUGCCGACCAACUCAAGGCGCAAACUAUUGAUUUUAUUAACACGAGUCACGCGACAGACGUGAUGGACACGGCGGGCUGGAAGAACAUGAUCUCGUCGCACCCGCACCUCAUCGCCGAGGCCUUCCGCGCGCUCGCCACGCAGCAGCAGCAGAUCCCGCCCAUCGGGCCGCCGCGCAAGCGCGUCAAGCAGGCCUAGGCCCAGCCCGCCCGCCAGGCCAGGCCCGCCCGCUAGCCCGGCCCCGCCAGGCCAGCCGCCAGGCCCGGCGCAGGCCCCGCGCAUACCAAAGACACGCCCCACGGCACACACCUAUUCCAUUGUUCGUGCGCCCCGCGCAUCCUACACAAGGCUGCAUAUAUUAUUACUAUUAGAUAUACACCGUGUACCAUAGACUGUGAGUGACGAGUGAGAGUGCCCGGUGGAUGUGUUCGUAUCGUUAGUUGUGGAUCCACGGAUUCAGCCCUUCGUUGUGGUAUGUUCCACUUGGUUCACCUUAUUGAUGUCAUAAGUGAACGAAGUAGAUCGAUCCUUCAGUCUCCUCAUGUCACCCAGCUGAUUUCGCCUUGGCGAACAAAGUGGAAUAUACCUUCGUUUUACUAUGAUUGAUCUCAAGACGAUAUUCGAUCCUAAUGUUUUUUUUUGUCUCUUGCGGUUAAUUAGUGUACCGCUUUUAAUAAUUACUUUUAAUGUGUAUGUUACGGAGAAACGCUGGACGCUUUUUGCGCGUUGAUGUAGUUUGGAUGUAGGCUUCGGGUUAAUAUUUUAUGUAUGUCGUUUUUGUGAACAUUCUCUUGCAGCUAUGUAUGUAAAUUAUUACUAUGUAUUGAAUAUGAAGCUCGUGUCUAAAACAACUUAUCCAUGUCAUAUAAAUUUUAUCAUUAAUAUUAUUAUGAUUGUAACAUUCAUUGGCUAACAUAAUGGCAUAAAUCGUAAAUAAUAGUCUUGUACAGAUUACAUAAUAUAUCAGAUAUAUCGACUGGUUAUUAUGCCACAAUGCAAAUAUUUGAAUUGGAAAUCUUGGUGUUUCGUGUUCCCAUAGAAAUUACAAAACAUUAAUGUUAGACAUUAUAACGUAGGCCUUUUGAAAAUAUUUUGAAGUAGAGUGGUAAUUGAAUGCAAUAAAGUUAUGUAUGCGUCGCGGCUUUGUACGGCGUUGUGGGCGUCGCGUCGGGACUCCACCGCGGACAACAGCGGCGUGCGAGGCCGCGCUACCUGUAGACGCUGUAGGGGACUCGAGUGAUUGUAUAAGUCUAUUGAAAUUGUUGGUAUUGUAUAUAGAUGAGCUACGAUCCCACCAUUAAAAUAUAUCUAAGUACUAACCCUUAAGUGGUAUCACAGAUGACACCAUUAAUUUUUUAUUGUAUCUGUAGGAUGAUUAUUCCAAUGACAUAUUGUGAUUUUUCUAUCAUAUUUCCAUAGGUUAAAAUACACGAACGCUUUUGUUUUGUUUCAUAUGUAGAUGAUCACUGGAAUAAUUUAAAUUGUAAAUGUAUUAUUAUUGUUGUUGGUUUCGCUUCAUCAAUUGUACAUUACUUCUCAUGUCCAUAAAAUGAAGUCGACGUCAUGAGUCGCCCUUAAUUUUGCUCACUCCAUUACUUUUUAAAUUAAUAUGAUUCUAAAUUACAAAUUGAUAAAUGUUAUUUAUUAGUAUUAUUAUCAUUUUUUUCAUUUUCGAUGACAACUUAACAGAUUUUAUAAGAAAAUGUUUUACUUUAAACUUUGUAAUAUGAUGGACCUACCCAUAAGUACCUAUUGUAAUAAUUACUCAAUAGAAAUAUGUAAUAUACCGCGGCCAAUAAAUAAUAAUAUUUAAUACCAUUUUAUACCCACUUCCCAUUUACCACAGCUGAUAGCUGUUAUCAUGUAAUUGAAUAUUACAAAAUGUCAAAAAUAACUGUGAUUUUCGAAAUUGUCAGUAAGUUGAGCAAAUAAAUGAAAUGAUGAUGA